AAGGAGUAAACAACACAUCAUCAUGAGAGCACAGUGUUUAUUCAGCUGGUCCUCUCUUGCUUCAAACGACAAUUGGAUCUUGAAGCUACAAAAUUUACCACAAACAAACUCAUUUGUCUGUUCCAGCAGUAAUGGAACCAUCGCAACUUAUAAUCUUGACCAGCCAUCCCAAACACCAACAUUCCAAGUGAAAGCACACGAAUCAAGCAUCAACAGUCUUAUCAAGUUAAACGAUAAUGACAACUACUCCAUAGCGACUUGUUCAACUGAUGGAAUCAAGUUGUGGGAUUUACGCUCCUCUACUCCCAUAGCCCAGCUUUCCCAAGGCAGAAACUCAAGUUUCUUGUCUUUAGGCUUUAAUGGAGACAAUCUACUUGCUGCAGGUACUGAACUUAUGGGAGUCGAUGCAGAGCUACACAUCUGGGAUCUUAGAAACACCAAAGACGUUGUUCGCUCAUUUAUCGAUUCUCAUCAUGACGACAUCACGGCGCUUGAAUUCCACCCUACCAUCAGCAAUUACUUGAUGUCAGGAUCCACGGAUGGAUAUGUGAAUAUUUACGAUUUGAACCAGCCAGAUGAAGACGAAGCGCUUCAUCAAGUGAUAAACUACUCUUCAGUGCACUCAUGCCAUUUCAUUACUCCGUCAAGAAUCUCAGUGUUAUCUCAUAUGGAGUCAUUAUUGUUCCACGAUUUAAACGACACCAACUAUGAAGAGUUGAAAGAGCCAGAAUUCGUCGACCUAGGUGACGUCAGACAACUUUGGCCCGAUAACGAGUACGUGAUUGAAGUAGAUCCUUCUGGAUUUGUUGCUUAUGGUGCCAAUUCUCAGCGGAAAUUAACAGUGUUUCCAUUCAACCCAACUAAAGAGACUUUUGAUACUACCAAGCCAAUUUGGUUCCCUGAUGCCCACGGAGAAGAAGUUGUUAGAGAUGUUUGCACGAUUCCUAAUUCCAAGAAUGCGUUGACUUGUGGUGAAGAUGGCCAAAUCAGACUAUGGGAGUUGCCAUAUCAAUUGGAAACAUACUCUAUUAACGCAUCCGAGACCGUCGAUAUUGACAUGGACAAAGAAGAGUCCGAGAAGAAGAAGAAGAAGGAUAAGAAAGACAAGAAGGAGAAGAAAGACAAGAAAGAAAAGAAAGACAAAAAGGAUAAAAAGGACAAAAAGAAAAAAGACAAGAAGAAGGGCGAUGUUAGAUUCAAGCCUUACUAAGUAUAUACAUAUCUAGAUUAGAAACGUCUAAUAAUAUCGUCAAUAACUUCUUGGGUAGUAGAAGAACCUCCUAAAUCUGGAGUCUUGAUUUGGUCUUCAGACAAGUUAGCAUCAACAGCUUCGUAAAUCUUGGCUGCUGGCUCAGGGUAACCCAUGAAUUCCAACAUCAAAGCAGUGGAUCUGAUGGUAGCAAUAGGGUUAGAAAUACCCUUACCUUCAAUAUCUGGAGCAGAACCGUGACAUGGUUCACCAAUAGCGAAGUUGUCACCAACAUUGGCGGAUGGAACAACACCCAAGGACCCGACUAAGGCAGCAGCACCAUCACUCAAGAUAUCACCGUACAAGUUUGGAGCAACUACAACAUCAAAGAUUUCUGGUUCUCUGAACAUACGGUAAACCAUAGAGUCAACAAUUUGUUCCUUGUAAUCAAUACCACUGUAGACAUUAGCAUUGGCGUCGUAGACAGCACGACAAGUUUCUCUGAAUAAACCGUCAGAUUGAGACAAGACAUUAGACUUAUGGGUAACAGUGACAGAUGGCUUGUCGUGGAGUUGAUGACCAGUAGAAGCUUCUCUGAUGGCUUGUCUAGUCAAGGCAAUGUCAUAAGCCAUCUUGGCAAUAUUGGUGGUGGCAGUUUGAGUAAUUCUCUUGAUGGCUUCAGCAACCUUGGUUCCAUCUGGUUUCUUGUAGGUUCUUUCUUCCUUAAUGUAUAAAUCUUCGGUAUUUUCACGGACAAUAACCAUAUCAACUGGUCUACCGAUACCUUCGACAGACUUGACAGGACGGACGUUGGCAUACAAUCCCAUCUUCUUUCUCAAUGCGACAAUUGGAGAAGAGUAACCUUCAACUUUGGUGGUUGGAGAAGAAACAGCCCCGAAUAAAGCACCGUCACAUUCAGUCUUUAAUACUUCAACAGUCUUAUCUGGUAAGGCAGUACCAGUUUGUUGGAAAACUUCCCAACCAGCUUCCAAUUGGACGAAUUCGAAUUGCAAGUCGAACUUACUUGGUAAGUUUUCCAACACAGCUUUACCGGCAGGAAUGACUUCUUUUCCGAUCCCAUCUCCUGGAAUUAAACCAAUCUUUAACGUCUUGAAAACUGGGGAAGAAGUGGAGAAACAACGACGAAUAGUAGUUCUAGCGGCUAACAUAUUGUGAUUCAGAUCAAAGAGAUAUUGCAAUUGACUUUUAAACGGAAUAAAAGGUGACGCUGAAAGCUGAAAUUGAACUUUUGUUAAAAGGGACAGCAAAAAGGAUACGACAAUUUGAAAAAUAUGGAAAAUCGGUUGUUGGUGCCUGAUUGGCAUUUGGUCGAUUUGAGGACGCCGAAUUAAUUAACCCGUAUAUGCAGGAAAGAAAUCUGGGUGAGUCAUAUCACGUGACUGGAACCGUAGUUGGCGCCAUCUGAUAAGCAGCCAAUGCCGUUGCUCGGCAUCCCAUCAGUCGAUACGGACUUGACACAUUGCCCCAGCCAGCCAGCCCACUCCGUUGACGCGAGCUGG